ACUAGAGUUAUACAAGAGAAAAAAGAGAUCAUAAAAACAAUGGCCUCUUCAAAAGUUGUCCCACUUUUUCUAGUAUUGUCAUCAUUAGUAGUAGGAAUCUCAAAGGGUCAAAGUAGAUGAUUUCAAAGUAGUGAACCAUGAGUCUCUCAUACUCAUUCUGCAAACACGCACAAACCCUCUUUCCUGGAGGGCUUAACUCGAGUUCUAUGAACUUCCACAAUAAUCACAAGGAUGAAGUGGUGGUUGUAAUGGGUGCCACAGGUACAGGGAAGUCGAAACUUUCGAUUGACUUGGCAAUUCAACUUCAGGCUGAGAUUAUAAAUUCCGAUAAGAUUCAAGUGUACAAAGGGCUGGAUAUUGUCACGAACAAAGUGACAGAAGAAGAGUGUAGGGGUGUACCCCAUCAUCUGUUAGGGAUAAUCGAUCCUGAUGUUGAAUAUAAUGCUAAUGAUUUCCGGCAUGAUGCCUUGCUUGCUAUUGAAUCCAUCAUCGAACAAGACAAGCUUCCGAUUAUAGCAGGUGGAUCGAACAAGACAAGCAAGGCAAGCUUCCGAUUAUAGCAGGUGGAUCGAACAAGACAAGCAAGGCAAGCUUCCGAUUAU